UCUCUUCCUAUCAGAAAAAUACAGUCAGCCCUCUUUCUCAAAGAAAUUCCCAGCUCCAAGCGUGGAAGCCCCUUCUUUCCUUCCCCUGCACUCAACCUCUUACCUGCCAUGGCCAUGGAUGCUGACCUUCUGCAGCGCUGCCUCGAGGCCGGCGGCCGCGACUUCCUCCUCCACCAUCCUUCGUCCCCUCCCUCCCCGACGGCCGCGGCCGCCGCCUCCUCCUCUUCCAUCCUUCAGUCCCUUCCACUCCAUGUGUCGUUCGAUCGCGGCUACUACCUCCUCGUGAAGGCGAUCCAGGAGCUGCGCGAGCGCAAGGACGGCCUUCCCGUAACUGUCGGCAUCGGCGGCCCCACCGGCUCCGGCAAGACCAGUUUGGCAGAGAAGGUGGCAUCGGUGCUGGGGUGCGUCGUGAUCGUCUCCAUGGAGAACUACCGCACGGGGGCCGGGGCUGACGAGGGGAGCGACAUCGACACCAUCGACUUCGACGCCCUCGCGUGCAACCUGCAGGAUCUAGUGAAGGGCAAAGAUACAUUGAUGCCCCUAGUUGAUUUUCAAGAGAAGAAACGUACAGGAUGGAGGCAACUUAAGAUUUCUUCAUUUGGAGUGGUGAUUGUUGACGGUGCUUAUGCUCUGCAUUCAACACUAAGGUCACUGCUUGAUAUUCGUGUUGCUGUGGUUGGUGGUGUUCAUUUUAGCCUGCUUUCUAAAGUUCAGCGUGAUAUUGGAGAUUCUUGUUCAUUGGAUUAUCUGAUUGAUAGCAUAUUUCCAUUGUUCAGAAAGCACAUUGAGCCAGACCUGCAUCAUGCUCAAAUUAGAAUCGAUAACAGCUUUGUCUGCUCAUUCCGUGAACCGUACUACAAGCUAAAAUGUAAAUACGAGUCGCAAGAUGGCCAGAAGAUAUAUUCUUUUGAUAAAAGUAAACCAGAAACUGACAACUUUAUUGAGAUGUACCUUAGGCCACCUUUUGCUUCGGAAGAAAUGAAAAUUGAUGAUUGGAUUAAAGUUACGCAAUGUGGUAUAAGAUACUACCUGUCUCUCGGGGACCAGAGGAUUGUUGACAAGUACUUUAUUAUCCGUCCAAAAGCUGAGUUUGAGGUUGGACGGACAACUCUUGGAGGAUUGUUGGCUUUGGGAUAUAGUGUUGUUGUUAGCUUUAAACGUACAUGCAGAACUGUCAACCGAGAUCAGUUAUUGAUAGCUGCAGAGUCCAUUGACUCCCUAAAUGAGUCCUUUUUGGUGUUAAAAGGGCCAAGUAGGAAGAUUGUUGCAGCAGAAGCUUCUAAUCUUGGUAUAAAGGGUCCAUGGAUCACGAAGUCCUACCUGGAAAUGAUCCUGGAGAGCAAAGGGGUUCCACGACUUAAUACACCUCCACCAGUCUCUAGGAAACUACUGACUGAAAGUCAAGAAAAGAAAAUUGAUGUGCCUAAACCAAUUCGUGUUACUACCGAUAGAGCUGCAAAUCUUGACGACUUUGUGCAACCAUGGACGAGGUCUCCACCUAAAAAGUUUGACCAGGAGCCUGCUCUUGGAAAAUGGCAGUUUAUCCCAGAUUCUCCUUCAAGAAGUAGUAUCCAGUUAGCAGCGUUGCCAGAUUCUUAUGACUUAGAUAGAGGUCUUCUUCUAUCAGUUCAAGCAAUUCAGGCAGUGCUGGAGAACAAAGGAUUUCCUGUCAUUGUUGGGAUUGGUGGUCCUAGUGGAUCGGGGAAAACAAGUUUAGCUCAGAAGAUGGCCAAUAUAAUUGGCUGUGAAGUUAUAAGCUUGGAAAGUUAUUACAAGCCUGAGCAAGUGAGGGACUAUAAAUAUGAUGAGUAUAGCUCAUUGGAUAUUGCUUUGCUGACAAAGAAUAUUAAAGAAAUCAGAAAUAGUCAUAAAGCAAAAGUCCCUUGCUUCGACUUUGAGAAGUUCAGCAGAAAUGGAUUCAAGGAGUUUCAAGUAUCUGAGGAAUGUGGAGUGGUAAUCUUCGAAGGUGUCUAUACUUUGCAUCCUUCCAUAAGGAAGUCACUGGAUUUGUGGAUUGCAGUUGUUGGUGGAGUUCAUUCACAUCUUAUUGCAAGAAUACAGAGAGACAAGAAUCGUGCAGGCUUUUCUAUUUCGCAGUGUGAAAUUAUGACAACUGUGUUUCCGCUGUUUCAACAAUACAUAGAACCACAUCUUGUUGAUGCUCAUCUUAAGAUCCAAAAUGAUUUUGAUCCUGUGCUCUCUCCUGAAAGCUCACCUUUUGUAUUAAAAAGUACAAAGCAGGUAUCCUACCAAGACAUACUAAAAGUGCUAGAUGCUAGUAAAGUCUGCAGCUCCGUCCAAAACUUCACUGAUGUGUACUUAAGACUUCCUGGCAUACCAUCAAAUGGACAGCUGACAGAAGGCGAAUGUAUUAGGGUCAGAAUAUGUGAAGGAAGAUUUGCAUUGUUAAUACGAGAGCCUAUAAGGGAAGGGAAUUUUAUUAUCCAGCCAAAGGUUGAUUUUGAUAUUAGUGCCAGCACUGUGGCAGGACUUCUUAAACUUGGUUACCAAGCUGUUGCAUACAUUGAAGCUUCUGCCGUGAUUUACCAAGAUGGAAAGAUUCUUAUAGAAGUUGACCAUUUACAAGGUGUGACCAAUCCGUAUCUUCAAAUUAAAGGAACAAACAAGGAUAUAGUUUCCUCUGCUGCUUCUGCUCUCAACUUAGAGGGCUCAUACACAACAAAGAGCUAUCUUCAAAUUAUUCUGGAAAGUUUACCAACGGAUGAUAAUUUUCCUGCUGGUGUACAUAACCAACAAGCUGCUAGGCUACAAGAACUAGUCGAGUUCAUCCAGUCACAAGGAGGGAGCUUCAAUUCUGAUUUAUCUUCACCUAUAAGAGAAAAUUCUUCAACAGAUGGUGUGCUUGAUGAUCUGCAAUCCAGGAUAAAGAAGCUUGAGAGAUGGAAUACAAUAAAUAUGGUUUUAUGGACAAUACUACUGUCUGCUCUUGUUGGAUACUCACUGUACCAAAAAAGACGUCAUUAACAAAGUACAAGAUUGACCUCAACUGAACCACGCCGGGAUUUUUUUAUUUCUGAUGUUUUCGGCAUGGCUGAUGAACAGAAUCAUUUGACAGUUGACUGUUAAGUUAGAAUGCAUAUAAAAUCUUGGUGUUUACUUCGGAAUUGACAUGUAAAUUCAUGGAUACCACAUUUUUACUGUAGCUUAGUGGAGUGCUAACUGCAAAUAAAUAGGAUGUACAGUAUCAUACAGUCGGUGCUGACGGAGGAUUUAGUGGAUCUGUCUCGUUGCAGCAUCUAAAAUCCGCCUUUGCAACAAGAAAAUUUAAAAUGUGAGAAAGUCACUUUUGUGAAAAUACCUAAUAACAAUGCAACAGAAAUGGUUGAAUUUGCGAUGUAAAUGUUUGGUUA